AAUAAGACAAACCCACAAGUGCAUUGCGUAGCAAACUUACGACAAAAACGGAAGCUAAAUCCAGAACCUCACGAAAACGCUCGCUUCCUUAUUUGCUCGCAAUGGGCACCGCCUGUAAAUGAUUUGCUUUCCCCGCACUUAUAACGGGCACGCAAGGGAACUGCGGAAAACUGUUGAAGACGGGCUUCGGUCUGCACGAGUUCGCGGCUCACAAAUCGCGCUAUUGAGGAAGUAUGGCAAAACAAUGAAAUCGCGCUCCUGUGGCGAGCUCGCCAAACGGGCGCGACUUUGGCGGUCUGUGUAACAGGGCCUACCCGAUGCCAUUGAGCCCGGUUCUCCUCGGCGGCUAUUCGCGAUAGUACUGCAUGUGACCCAGGGUCGUUAGCCCAGCUAUCUACAUAUGCCAUGGAAAGUGUGACGCACCCGGUGCGUUUGCGCUACAGCGCGAUUCAGCUCGAACCAACUAUCAUGAUCGAUUAUUCGCAGCUUCUUGUAUACGUGAUCUUCUUUCCAGGCCGCGAGAGCGAGUGCAGCGUAUGAACGAAGCCGGUAACUGCGCUUUCUUGGCUUCCUCGAGAAUGCGCGCAGCUAUAACUUACAGUGCGAUGUAUUAGCGACAUAGUCUGGCCUGCCAGAGCGCGCACUUGCAAGAAUUUCAGAGCGCGCUCGUUCCGAUCGGCUGGGAUGAAAGCUUACACGAUAUGUGCGAGCAGCUGUAUCCGUUGAUAUAAUCGCGGCUGGCAACAUGGCAGCUCACGGCGUGGCGGCGACCAGUGUGGCAGCUACCGGCGGCAUGGUUGCCGGCGGCGCGGCGGCUGGUGGCGCGGUGGCUGGCGGCGGCCCCGGCGCCAGCCACUCUGGUGGGGGCAUCUUGGCGGCCGGUGGUGCGGUGCCUUCUCGGGCGGGCGCGGUUUGGGCAGCUGCCGGUGUUGUGGUCACUGGUGGCGUGACGGGCGGCGGCUCCGCCGCGGGUGCUGGUGGUGCCGUAGCCGCGCCUGCCCCGCCCAACACAGUUGCUAUGGCGCAUGGCUUGCGCGUAGUCUCGCACUCGCGCACGCUGGGUGUGGUCUUCUACGACCUCCCACUUGGCACGGCUGCAGCCCAGGGAGCUCCUUCCCUCUCCCCUGCCAUUGGCACCCUGGGGACGCUCUGCGGCCUCCCCCUAACUGCCUUUGGCCGUGGCUUCUGUGCCUCCUCCUACGCCGUCAGCCGUGUGCUCUACCAUAUGGAGUUUGCGGGUCUGCCGCCGCAGACGGUUUUGGCAGACUUCCUCACAACGCUUGUGCGGUUUGUGGACCGCCGCAUCAUCGUUGCCACGCCGCAAGGUGCUGGCCGGGCCCGACUUCCCGGCCUACCCUCCGACUGCGUCGCCCUGCCGCCACGCGAUGGCGGCUUUGGACUGCUGCCGGUGGUGGAACACGUGCGCGCCCGACACGCUGUGUUGGCUGUGCGCUGGCUGCAGCACAUGCACGGCUCUGCGGCUGGCACUUACGUACCGCCGUGGACAGCCGCCGCCACCGCCCUGGUGCAGCAGCUACACACGGCCGCCCACCCCCUCUGCGUCCUGACGAUGCAGCGGGCGGCCGGCGGUGUCGGACCCGCUGCCGAUGGCUGUGCAAUCUUCGGCCAGCCGGUGGCGGCAACCUGCCCGGCCCUCGUGCGCCUCCUGGGUGCCCUCAGCUACCUGCCUCCGGUCACAAUCCUACGCCCGGCUGUGCUGGUGCCCGGGCCCUGGUGCUUUGCACUUCCGCUCUGGGGCAAUCCAGUCUUGCCGUGUGCGGCGGGGCUUCAGGCGGGUGGCUUGGAACGUGACUUCCCAGCUCUCAUGGCGCUGCCGGGUCUGCUCACGCUCGGCACGGCAGUGCGGUGCUGGGAGGCGAUGGCCGCGGUGCGCCAGCUGGUGGCUUCCAAGCCGGCUGGUAUGGCUGCUGCUUGCGCAGAGCCUGGGGUGGCGGCAUGGCGCGGCUGACGUGCCCUUGCUGACCCUUACGGUGAAGCAGGCAACCCAGCUUCAACUUGCGCCUGCGUACGACGCGCUCCGCGUGCGUCACUUGGCCUUCGUCCAAGAGGCCUACAGCGGCGCCGCGCCGCCAGCGGAAGCGAUUCAUGCGCUGCGGGCGGCCCUGGCGCGGCUGUGGGCUUUGGUGUGGGAGCCGCGACACAAGGAACCGCUUUGGCGUCUGGCAGUCAAUGGGUUCACGGGCUUUGGGAUGCUUGCGGCGUGGGCCGCAGAUGGACGCGUGGAGAAAUGCCCGUGUGGGACUCGGAUGACUGCUGGGGCUAGGGUUCAUCACUUCUGGGACUGUGUGGUGGCGGAGGCUCUGCGUGAUGUGAUGCGGGAGCAUGCGAAUGUGGACAUCACACGGAACCAGUUGUGGUUAGUACAGGCGCCACCAGGGCUAUCGCAGGCGGUGUGGGACAUCGUGUGCUUGGCUGCUGUGGCGGCCCUGGAAUACGGCCGACAGCGCCUUUACGCUUGCCGUGAUGCUGCAGACCGGACUGCGGAGGUUGCUGUUGUGCGAAGGAUCGGUGUGGAGGUGAUUGCGGAUUUCUGGUCACGGCUAGCUGCGUUUGUGAGUCUGCGUCGGCCUCCGCGCCGCUGGGACCUUGUCCCGAACCAGCACCCAUUCCUAGCGUCAGAUGAUGUUGGAGGGGUUAUCUUGGUAGGGCCAUCAGCGGACUCGCCACCGGCCUCACCCUAGCUUGUCAGCUUAGGGACUCGCAAGAGGUAGUCUUAUGACGCCGACCCACGGCUUAGGUGAGCAGCGCUAGCGUUUGCGGUGAGCCGGGCCUGGGGUUCCUCCCCUCUCCGGAGGCGAGGAGCAUGGGGGUCAUUCGGGGAUCUCUCCUCGGGUGAGCGUGCGUGUCUCGUACGUUUUUGGGGCCCUGGCUAGUCCACGGCUGUCGUCCCACAUGUAACCUCUAUCAGCU